AUGCAAGCUCACAGCUCUGUUUUUAUUCUUAGUUGCCUUGUGGAGAAAAGUUGCCUGAUCCACAUGAUCAUAGCUUACAUGUGGGAACUUGAAGAGGUGGUGAACAGUGCCUAUGCAGGGACUUCGGGUACUUCAGAACUCAUGCUCAGCCCCUGUCAGAUAUGUGGUAGGCUCCUCAAGGAGGACAACCUCCAUGUGCAGAAUGAGAGCCAGACUUUUCUGGCCCUGAUCUCAUAAGUGAAAUUCAGGAAAGACGAAAGAUAAACAUAUUCCAAUUAGAUUUUUGCCUAUAUCCACUUACCUGGGGUCUCAGCCAACACACUAGUGGCUACCAGCCAUGAUAUGCUGAUGCUCAACAGUCAUUCUGGCCCUCUGGCUCAGAUGGAAAUGAUUUUGAGUGACAGGAAGCAGGAACGUGCUUGAAGACUUCUUUCUUUUCCAGAGAAAGGGGCCAUUAUGACUGUAAUGAUUUUAGGAGGCCAGAAAGAGUAUGUAAGAUUUGAUGAUGAGGGUUUUGCUUAUACUUUUGAGCUUACAUGUUUUGCUUACAUAUGGCUGAAAUUGACAGAGAUGCCAUGUAAUGCACCUGCUCCUAGUGCAACAUUAGCAGUUAGUGUCACUGGAGGAAUAACAGACCAGAUCACUACCUCAAAUACAGCUCAGAGACAUGACGUAGAAAACAAUUCCUGCACUGAGGUACUGCCUAUAGGUUUGGUAUUCCACAUCAUGGUGACCUGUGGAGGAGUAGUGUACACCCUUGGGGAUUGUGCUGAUGCGAGGAAAUAUGUCUCUAACACUUGCAAGUACUGUGAUGGGAGGGAAGAUAACUGGAUUCUGACUGUGAAAAUAAGCAUUCCCAUGGAUGCUAGUGCCUUGAUCACCAAAGGAAAAAAGUCAUUAGUUUAUCUUGUGACAAGGCAACUGAAUGGGUGCUUCCUAUAUGUUCAGAUGGUAGAUUACUUUGACACUCAGACAGGGAACGUGGUGCAAUGCCUCACCUUCCAUAUUGAAUUCAACCAUAAAUCUGUUGUUGUCUUUUCCACAGGAAAACAUCCUGAGCCUGCAGAAAAAGAAGUGAGCAAAUUAGUUGUGAUAUUACCAAAUACCUGCACUUUAGAUUUGUUGCAUCCAGUGUGCUCAGUUGGAGACCACAAGGAGGUGCCUCCUGUAUGGAGGCAUUGUUUAUGCAGAUGAAAGACGACCUCAGGAGUAUUCUCUCAGUUCAAAUACCUUCUGACUACAUCAGAAAGGAGGGAAAUGGGAAAAUUCUGGCAGAUCCUUCAGAAGUUCUUCACUAUUCAGUUUCCCAUACAGUCAAACUACCUUUCAAAGUUCUUCUAAAAAUUGCAAUUAAUUUGGAAAGGUAAAAAGAAAAAUCCCUGUCAAUAAAGAAUGACUUUUCACUUGUACCAAAGCCUUCUUCACUUGACUUCCUUACUUUGCAACAAUUUAUAUACUGGCCAUGACGUCCCAUGGUAUGGAAUACCCCUUUGGUCAGUUGGGGUCAGCUGUCCUGGCUGUGUCCCCUCCCAACUUCUUGUGCCCUUCCAGCCUUCUUGCUGGCUGGGCAUGAGAAGCUGAAAAAUCCUUGACUUAGUAUAAACUCUACUUAGCAACAACUGAAAACAUCAACAUUCUUCUCAUCCUGACCCCAAAACAUAGCACUAUACCAGCUACUAGAAAGAAAAUUAUCUCUCUUCCAGCUGAAACCAGGACAGUUGUGAUUUCUACUCAGCAUGUACUUCAAUAAUCCCUUUAUUUCAAGUGGCUGUCAUUCAUUUUAGGGUCAAUUAAACCCACUUAAAAACUUCACACUUUGAAAAAUAGUUUACAACAGAAAUAGACUCAGAAUUAAAGUUAUUUGUAGUAGCUUUCUUGCACGAGUUGUUUCUGUGCAGCCAGAUUCUUCUCAGGCAUUUGUGACUUGUGUUGUGUUUAGGCAAGGUGAGAUAGUCAUUCUGCAUCUCAUGCUUUUGUGUCUACAAAUCAUACCAAGAAAAUGUCACUGCUUUACUGUUUCUAAGGAAGACAACAGGAAUUUAGUCCAUGGAAUAAGUAUUUGAUUCUUUGCUAAUAUUUUAAUUAGAUUUACUACAUAAGGAGUUACAGAAGUUUCACCAUCAGUGAUACUGAAGGCCUCAGAGAGUGCAUUGUGAAGAAGGAGCCUUGGGAAUCCAAUCUGUAGAAGAAAGAUACAAUAAAGAUAGUCCAGAAAACUUAAUGGAAAACAAUUUAGUGAAUGAAUUUUUCUAUAUGCUAUUGAAGGGAAAUUUUUCACUGAAUACUUCUUACAGUGUUGAGGAAAUUUACAAUUUCUGUUGUAAAUUAAAUAGGUACCUUAAGUUAUGUCAGAAAAGAUGAGAGUGAGGUCGUAGAAUAGAAAGAUACGGGCUUACUAUCUGCACAGUUGCAAUCAGUUUGAUCAGACAUGCUAGGAGGUUAUCCUCUGUGGAAAACUAUUUUUCCUCUCAGGUCAGUUCUGUCAGGCAGGCUGACAAGUCUUCCUCUGGAUGGAAGAACUUGACAUGCAAGGCAUUCUCAAAGGACAAGAAACUAUGAAGUCAAACAUACAUAUCACUGCUUUGCGGAAUCAGGACUUCUGUGUUAUCUUUCACUAGUGAAGAAUUCAAAAGGUUUUUCUGUGAACUUGAACUUUUUCUUGAAGAUAUGAAGAACAAUUACUCUCUUCCAGUCUCAAGGAACUCUCCCAAUUGUCAUGACCCUUCAAAGAUGAUUGAGUGGCCUCAAAAUGAUGCCAGUCAUCUUCCUUGCUAAC